GGACGAUCUGAAAUUCUUUGUAUUCGGGUUUGGUCGACGCGUAUGCCCCGGUCAACACCUCGCGACCAGGUAAAAGUUUCCUUCCAAGUACAUGAUCAUCCGAGUUUAUUUCGACUGCUAUAGAUCAAUUUUCAUAAACUCGGCCCUCGUUCUUUGGGCCUUCCAGCUGAAUCGGAAUCCUACGAAGCCGCUGGAUGAUAUGGGGUUUAUGACGGGACAUGCCCAGCCCGGCACUAUUGAUUUUAAGACAAGGAUUCCGGAGACGGAGCUCAGGCACAUGAUGCAGAAUUAUCCUGAGCCUUGAAACUUAGGGAUCUACCACGUAGUCCUCUAGGCAUCAAUUUUACAAUGUACGAGUGAUGUUGUGUAUUAUAAUUGACCAUUCAGGGCAGCCGGUCUGCCAUACAACCCCA